UCGAUGCAGCGAACGAUCAACGAAAUCCAAUGCCACCGUUGCUACCGAAAACGAGCCUUAUUAUUGUAAAGUAUCGGAUGACAACACGAAGAGUCUCACGCCCACUGUUAAUUCCUACAGUCCCGUUUUAUCAAUGAGUAGUAGCAAAAACGGCACACUGAAAAGGAACAGACCAACAUCAGCAUCGUCUCCGCCCGUCAGUCCGACGUCUUCAAAUGCAGACAGUCAGCUGGACGUGCUGCUGAAGUGCCUCGCGAAGGAGUCAUUUAGCGGUAUCCAGAGGGACGAAGCCCGAAACGUGGCAACGUCCGAGGUUAACAAGAUUGAUGAUUGCGACGACUCCGCUUUGAAACUGUCCCCCGACAUUCCUAAUAACAUAAAUAAAUAUGCAGCUGGGACCGGCGGUGCAAAACCGAUACCUCUGAACGAAAUGAAAUGCAAUAUACUGAAAGCGAAAGCGGAGGAGGAGUUGAACGGAAACGUUACGAAGCUAACGAAUCAGAUGUUCGUGGCUGCGGCGAACAACGACGAGGAGAAUAUGAAUUCUCUGAAUGCUGCCACUUUUAUAUCAGUUGGCGGCGACAAAUUGACGUUGUCUGUAAGCGGUCCAGUGCCGCAGAAUAACCAGGAUGUCGUCGAAGGUGGUCCCGAGAGGAAGAGAUGCACCACGCCUGUAACGGUGACAUUCUUCGGGCAAUCAGACGGUGGUAAAUUGGAACGGGUCAUGCUGAGCGAGAAACAAGGUCAACAGCAGCAACCUCUCAGCUUAAUCAACGGUAACUGCACCGAAGACUUGCCAUGCUUUGAUGAAGCACUUGACGAACCCCCGAAGAGCUCUAAUCCCUUUGUUACAACCCCCACCACUAAUCCUUUCCACGAAGCAAAUCCAUUUCUCUCCAGCAAUCCCUUCCAAAUGGAUACGAUUGCAACCGACUCUGAGGUUGAUGGUUCGUUGACAAACGGAUUCGAAUAGGACACCAAUCGAAACGCAGUGACUCCGAGUUUGAGCAAUCUCUCGCCCUGGUUUGUAUCCCAAGAUAUUGUCAGCGCCCCGGUUUCUAAACUGAACACCACAGAA